AUGCUAGGAGAUGGUACUUUUGGUGAUGUCAGUAAAGGAAUCAAUAAAUUUACAAAUGAAAUUGUAGCGAUAAAGCGUAUGAAGAAACCAUAUAAAUCAUGGGACGAUUGUAUUAAACUAAGUGAGAUCAAUAUACUUCAGAAGCUUAAUCAUGCCAACAUCGUACAACUCUUGGAGGUGAUCAGAGAGAAUGAAGAACUAUACUUUGUUUUCGAGUAUCUCGAUAGCAAUCUCUAUGAGAAGAUAAAAGACAGAGAUAGAUUACUGUCAGAAGGUAAAAUAAGGAAUAUAAUGUAUCAAAUUAUACAAGCAUUGUUAUAUAUGCACGAUAGCGGUUAUUUUCAUAGAGAUUUGAAACCAGAGAAUAUCUUGAUAUUCGGUGACGUUGUGAAGAUUGCAGAUUUCGGCUUGGCGAGAGAAAUCGAUUCGAAACCACCGUACUCUACCUACGUCUCGACGAGGUGGUACCGUGCACCCGAGGUGUUGCUUCGCGCACAAACCUACAGUUCACAGAUCGAUAUGUGGGCUGUCGGUGCAAUAAUGGCCGAACUCUACAGUUUGAAACCACUAUUCCCCGGUUCCAGUGAAAUCGACCAACUCUUUAAGAUUGCACAUAUUCUCGGUUCGCCAAAUCCCACCAAUUGGUCGGACGGCAUCAAACUAUCGACCACAAUGAAUUUCAAAUUUCCAAAUAUAAAUCCAACACAUCUAUCAACUAUAUUACCGAAUGCAAGUGGUGAUGCUAUAGAUCUUAUCUAUGAACUCUUACAGUAUGAUCCGAAUAAGAGAUUCACUGCGAACGAUGCGUUGUCACAUCCUUACUUUCACAUCAAUGUACCUUUAGAGCAAUUGUUGAUUCCUCAUGUCUCACAUUAUGAUCAUGUUAGAACCAAGCUUUCGAUACACGAUGAUAAACAAUAUUUACAAUUGUCGACAUCACCUAAAUCAACAUCAUCAUCCUCUUCUUCUUCUUCUUCUUCUUCCUCUUCAUCCUCCGAUAAUAAUACUUUAAACAAAAAGACAAACAAAUAUUUAAGAAAUUCAAGAUAUCAACUUCGUAAUAAAUCAACAAAGAAUAAUAAUACAACAUCGGGUAACAAUAAUAAUGAAAUAGAUAAUAUUAAUAACGAUGAUGAUGAUAAUAAUAAUAAUAGUAGAUUAAAUACAAUGAUAUCAACACCUAUACUAUCAAUUAAUGAUGCAACACCGGUAUCUACAUCAACAGCAAUUAUAACGAUCGAUAACUUUGUAAAUACAAUGAAUCUCAACGAUACCAUAGAAGUACCUACCAACCACGGAUUAGCUUAUCUCAGUAACACUAACAAAAGUCCACCACCACCACCACCAACAAUACCAUCACUUAAUAACAAUAACAAUUCACAUAUUAGUAAACUAAAUUUCCAUUUACCUCUUCCUCCACCAUCGAUCCCACAUGCCAAUACAACACCAUCAAAGCUUUAA